AUGCAGAAGGAGAAUGAGGACGUCGGAGAGUGGUGCUUGAUCGAAAGCAACCCAUGCAUUUUCUUCGAUAUGUUAUAUAGGAUGGGGGCAAAAAACAUAUCAGUAGAAGAUGUAUACGAUAUGGAAUAUUUUGAUGAUUAUAUAAAUAACAAAGAUAAGAUAAGUAUACAUAAUAUACUAAGUGCUGAAGAGUAUAAGAGUGAAGGCGAUAAAGUAAGUGAUAGUGAAAAUGGGAUGAAGAGCAGUUGUGCAGAAGAUAAAACAAUAUAUAAGAAUAACAUAUGUAUAGAAACUAAAUAUAAUAAAUUGUUAAAAAACAAUAGCUAUAUUUAUGGUAUUAUAUUCUUAUUCAAUAUAGGGAAAAAUUAUAAAAGGAAUAAAUAUAUAGAACAUGACGUUCCCGAAAAUUUAUUUUUUGCAAAGCAGGUUAUUUCUAAUGCAUGUGCAACACAAGCAAUAUUAUCUAUCGUUUUGAAUAAGGAUAUUGGACUAUGUGCUGAAAUAAAAAAUAUAAAAUCGUUUAGUAGAAAUUUUGAUAGUUCUAUGAAAGGACUCACAUUAUCAAACUGCAACUUUCUUCGUAAUAUUCAUAAUUCGUAUAAGACGCCUAUAUAUAUAGAUAAAGAGGACCAUCUGGAUGAUAAAAAAAGAUCGCAUGAUGCUUUUCAUUUUGUUUCUUACAUACAAUACGAUGAUAGGGUUUACUUGUUAGACGGAUUGCAAGAAGGACCAGUCUUGAUAGGUGAGGAAGGAACACCAGUGGGGGAAGCAGACCCAGUGGGAGAAAAAAAAAAUUGGAUCGAUCUUGCCAGGGAGCACAUUAAAAAAGAAAUUAAUGAAAUGUGCAACUCAAAGGAUGAUAGAGAAAACAGGUUUAAUAUUUUAACUAUUAUAAAAGAUAAGCAAAGUAUUAUUCAAAAUUUUCUUAACAUCCAUAGAAUUAUCAGACAGAGAACAAAUAUUAAAUUAAUAAGUUUAGGUGAAAAUAUUGAACUAAAUGAUGAAAUUAAUGAAGAUGAUUAUAAUUCUGCGAAUUUACCUUCCGUCGAUGAUUUACCUGAUGAUGUAAAUAAAUUAUAUGAUAUUUUACAAAAUGCAAAUUUUGAAAUUGACUAUUUAGAAAGACUUUUAAAUGAACAGAUAGAAAUAAAAAAUAUGUGGAAUAAAGAACGCACUUUUAAAUUCUUCAAUUUUUACCCAUUUAUCAUGUCUUCUCUCAAUCUUAUGGCCAAACAUAAAAUUUUAAAAGAUAGCUACCAAAAGGAAAAACUAAAAAAAUCAACGGCCUGA